AUCAGAGUGGGUGGGGCUUAGCGCACGGCGGCGGGGCUCAGGGCGGGCCGUGCCGCGCGGGCCAUGGCCGAGGCGGGCUCGCUCCCUCCCGCCGCGCUGACCAGAGUCUCUCCGGGCACCUCUCCCCGCAGGCCCCGGCGCAGGAGCGAGGGCUCGCAGCCCACGGGCGGCACGCGGGAGCAGCUGGAGGCGGUGGAGACGCAGAUCGGCGACGCCGCCUGCUCGCUGUCUAAGCUGCUGGAGGCGACGUGGGCCGUGUCGGCGCAGGUGGAGGAGCUCGCCAGCAAGUGCUCGGAGAACGCUCGGUUCCUGAGGGCGUGGCGGGACCUGCUCCGGGAGGGGUACGAAUCACUCAAACCCAGCGGCUGAGCCCCCCGCGCCUUUACGCGGAUUUGUGCUCUCCCUCAUCGUCCUCAGGAACGCCGACCCGCCUGGAUGUUGUCGUGUAAGUCACCGAGCGAAAUAACUUUUGUUUCGGGGCAUCAGGCGUGACUCAGACGCGGCAGCUCGGCAGACCUCACGCGUGAAAUAAUCGCCCUGGUGUGGUGGGUGUGUGGGAAACCUCUAGGGCUGGUGAGGAAGUGAUGUCCUGCCAGGAGGCAUCUUCAGCCCGCCUUUUAAAGAGCUGUCGCCAGCGGAAACCCUGCCAGCUCCAGAGAAACUCGCUGAACUAACUAGUUUGUCUAUAUGCACUCUUUUUUUCUUCAUGUUGAGGAUAGAGACGGCAACUUGCAGUUUAUUUACGAACUUCAGAUAAGUCCCACAUCCCAAGCCUUACUAUUUUUAGCGAUAUUGUGAUAUAUUUCCAUAGAACUGCGGGAGGGGGUUGCAAGAUGUUUGAUUCAUGCAAACAGUUUUACCAUAUCUUUUGUUGUAAUAAACAAAGAAUUUUACCCUAUCUUUUGCUGUAAUAAAGUGCCUUAUGAUGGACUAUGUAUCACUGUAUGGUAGGAGUUUAACAGCAUUAUUUACUGAUAGGAUGGUCUAUUUUGAUUUGUAAGUAAAAGCUUCUCUGAAAUGCAUUCUCCCAUCUCUCAGGAAGCACGUUAGAGCUUUCCAAGUAUUUGCUCCUAUUUUAGGUCUUUGCCUUAAGCAGUUACUGGUUAGUCUGGCUAGAGCUUACUGUUAACGGAACCUUUGAUCUGAAAGAUUGCUAAUCCGUAAUAAAGAGCUGUUCUGAAACUCCUCUACCUUUCCCAGAGCAAUGUGAUAGAAGCAACAUUGAAAUGCAAUGGGAGGCUGCAGGAGAACAUGGCCAUACCAUGAUUUAUUAUUCAGCCUUAUUUUUACUGGUAGCACAACUUUUUAAAAGACAUACUGUAGUUUUCUUAUCAAAACAAUAAAGAUAUUACCAAAAAAAAUCUGAAGUAAUGAAUAUUCUUGUGUUUCGCAUCGAAACAAAAGUGACAUUGAAAAUAUCCCUAAUCAACUUAAGUAAAAAACAGAAGUAAUGGUAAGGACAGACAUCCUUGCCUAGCAGUUGUAGUCAUUGAGAAGGCUUAGCCUCUCAGCAUAUGCAAGUUCUAUUAAAUUGAGUUUUAAUUGCCCCACCUAAAGGCAGUCCAUGUGGCAGGAUGUCACUUAGCUGUUUUUGAUCCCGCACCCUAAAAUGUUGCUAAGCAACUUGGAAAAGAAGUCGUUUUGUUCAGCAGAUAAAUUUUUAUUUUAAUAAACCAUAGACUAGUGGAAACAAGAUGCUUAACAAUCUUCUAUUUCAAUCCAAAAUUCUGUAAACAAUUGAAGUGUGAGUCACACUUUUUUUCAAUUCUACUUCUUACGCCAUUAAGAAGUUAAGUGCAAACACUGGAAGUAUCUUUUAACUUCAUUUUAAAAAGCUUCAAAUCAUUAAUGCAAAAGACAUUUCUUUUAUCUUUGUGGGCUUAUAGGCCAUUGAACUGCGAGCAUGGUACCAAGACAACUAGUUGUAAUAAUUGGAAAUGGUAGUAUAAUGGAAAAGAUUCUCUUCAGUAAGUACAUAUGAAGGAACUGCCUCUAGAGGAUUAUUUCAAAUGGGAUAUUUUUUUUUACCCUUGUAAUGCUGGGAAGUAAAAUAAUGCCCCCAAAAGUGCUGAAUGGCUGUGGUUCUUUAAUUAUUUUCACUGUAAUGUAUCCAGUCAGAUACACAAGGUGACUAAAAUGCAGAUGUCAUGACACCGAUUAAGUAUGAGAGUUUUCUAUUUGGCCAUCUCCCAUUAUUCCAUGUACAGAGACAGAUAUCUCAAUA